AUGUCGUCAUAUUAUGAGAGUAACACUGGUACGAAGUUGAGGCCAGUAGUUGAUUUUGGUGAUGAUAGAUGGGUGACUUUAUCAACUGCAGAAUACAAGAAAACUUUAAUAAGAAAGGGAGAACAGAAUAUUGAAUCAGAUUAUGAAGAAGAAGAUGGCUAUGAGUAUCAUGAGGAGGAUUUGGAAGAUGAAGAGGAAGAAGAGGAGGAGGAAGAAGAGGAGGAGGAAGAAGAGGAGGAGGAAGAAGAGGAGGAGGAAGAGGAAGAAGAGGAAGAAGUGGAAGAGGAAGAAGGGACAGAUGAGGAAGAGUCAUUUCAUCAAGAAUUUAAUGAUGGCAGUGAAGGAUACUAUAGGGGGACAAAAAGCAAUAAUGAUGUUUCUAUUUAUCCGGAAAUGAUUAGGUAUCAUUUCAAAGAGGCAUUUAGUAUUAAUGAGGGAGUUGAAGCCAGAGAGUUUGGAUUUAAUGAGGAUGAUGCAGAAUUAGAAGAAUUGGUUGUUGAAGAAGAAGGAGAAAUUACAACCGAUGGUCAUAAUAUUGAUGAAGCAGAGGUCGUUCCUGAUGAAUUAACUCAGCCAUGGGAUUUGGAAAGUAUUCGUGAAAACGUUGAAGUAAAAUAUACUGAAAGCAAAGGGAGAUGUUUAUAUGCACGCAAAUGCUUUAAUCCUGGUGACAUUAUAUUUGCAGAAAGCCCACUACUUGUAGUCACCCCGGAACUAGCACCAGAACUAUCCGAAUUUUUGGAAGAUAUGAAUUCAAAAGAAACUUUUACUCUUCCUCCAUUAUGGCAUGUUGCGGCAUUGUGUACAUUAACAAUGCUUGAAGAUGAAGAUAAAGCUAUCUGUUUAGAUAAAUGGGUCCCAGAUCCUGCCGCUGAGCCAAGUUAUGACGUUAAAAAAAUUAUAGAAAAUACUGGGAUAGAUGUUGACCCUCAUUUAUACGAAAGAACCUUGAAUGCUUGGAGGUUUAAUUCAUUCAACCACACAUCAAAUAAUGGGAUAGUUUUGUAUAAUGUAAUUAGCAUGAUGGCUCAUAACUGUGGAGCAAGUUGCUGCUGGCAUUAUGGUGUAGAUAAUACAUUUGUGUUAAGAGCCAAGACACGUUUGGAAGUUGGAGAUGAAAUCACAAUAUCCUACAUUUCUGAUGAUGAUUUGUUUAAGUGUUCAAAAACUAGAAGAGAAUUGCUUAGUAAUUGGCUAUUUUACUGCCGAUGUGAGAGGUGCAGUAAUCCAACAGAUCUUUCAAGAGGACUGAAAUGUGCCUCUUGUGGUGUUGGAAGUAUGUUUUUUAAAGAAGAUGAAAAUGGUGUGACAAAAUCAAGUAAGUGUUCUGUCUGCAGAUCUCAACCUGAUAGGGAGAUCAUUGAUAGUUAUACUGACCUUGAAUCACAAUACAUUGCCAGAUUAGAAGAAACACACAAGAGCGAUGUUGAAGACGUAGAAGCAGUAUAUCAAGAAGCCCAAAAAGUGUUUACUCAGCAUUGGAUUAUGUAUGAGUUAGAUACUAUGCUUUUUGAAGCAUACAAAGAGUCUCAGCAAUUUUCAUUCGCUCUUUCCUGUCUAUAUAAUAGACUGAACUUUGUAAGAAAUGUCCUCCCAGAUUGUACGUACACAUUAGCAUGGAUCACCGAAGAACUUGGAGAUAUUCUUAGUAUAUUACAAGAUGAACGUCAUGAAGGUAAAUCUAAGACUAACCAAGAAGUAUCUGCGAUACAAAGAUACUACUACGACACAUGGUGUUAUCUGAGUAUUUUAACAGGCCCAAACCAUCAUUUCACAAUUGCUGCAAAAAAUAAGUACGAAGCCAUUACUGACUGA